UCAGUCCUAGUCCACAGUGAGUGAAUGAGCUGAUAUGAGAGGAGGUAUUGCACAUUCAUUGGAGCAUUGGAUAGGCAUGACAGAGUGUGGUAAACAGCAAACUCUUGUUGGAUUGUAGAGCCAGCUUGUAAGGGGUUGAACUUGGACUCAGUCAGUGUAGUAUUGGAAGGGACUAGAGUCAAUAUAUCUGCUCACAGUGGAGUACAGGCAGUUGUUUGAAAGUUUUCCUGGGAUUAUUUCAUAAAGUCUACACUGUGGGCCAGUGUGGAUAUUUUUGCCACAGUGUAAACAUGGUGAAGUGUUUGAUGUUGGAAUUGGAAUUAAUUUAAUCAUUUAGCAAGCUGUUGUGAAGCCUUUAUUCGAUGUUGAUGUAUUAUUGUUAAAUAGAGAUUACAAUACACAGGCCGCAUGCAUUGUAAAUAAAAUGGAGCAAAAUUACGGAUGAAUGGAAAACAUUUAUGAAGUUGAUUUUUUGGGGUCGUAAAUGGACACUUGGUAUUAAAAUAAAUGAGAGAAGCAAUUGAAUGAGAAAUGUCAGAGUAAAAGAAAGGGAUUAAGCAUUGAAUUAGAUUAAGUACGAAGUUAAGUGGAUUAAUGUUGGUGCAUAUCUCGACUUGGGAUCUUUACUAAGUGUAGAUGUCCUUCAAGAUAGGGGCGGUAGGAUUUGAAGUUUUGAAAAUUUCUGGAUUUAGAUAGCGACUUGAAAUUGUCGGGGAUUACGAGAGAUAGCCAGCACUGAUUUUGCGAGUAGAGCUGGCCAUUUUAACGGCAGUAUCUUUACUUUAGGAUCUUUUAUUUUCUUAGAGUUCAUUGUUACCGUGAUGGCAAUGGAAUGAUGGAUUGAUGACAUAGAUAAACUAACUUUUCCUGCACUUAAGAUAAUGGUUUGUGUGUGUGUGUGCAAAAUAGACUUUAAUAGCCUUCAUUGUUGUGAUGGAUGACAUGUGGAAUACAUUGUGGAAUAUUAAAUGAACAAGUUUUGAAAUUUGCUGUUGUUUUUUUCACUGGAAAAGUUCUUAAGAAUAUGUCUUUAACAAAGAGCUCCAGACUAAAUUCUUUAUCAGUAUAAAUAUUUGGCAAUAUUUGGUAAAAACAGUUUUUUUAGAAGUAACAAAAGAAAACAGAAGUGCUCCUGUUGAAUUGUUAAUGAAAUGUUCAUAAAUAAAAUAAUGAACUUGUAACGUCUGUGAUGUAGAUUAUUUGAGAAAAAAGCUGGAUUAUGGUGUAAUAAUGAGGUGUGUACAGAACAAUUGGAUGUCUGGGAAAUACAAUCAAAGUGCAAACAUGGUUUGCAGACUUGGAGUAUGGAUAUUUGUGAUAGUUGCGUUAUUUGCCUCGAUAUUUGGAACGUUACACGGGGCAGAGGCUGUUAAUGCAGAGGAUGGAAACACAGAAGGUGAUUUCAACGGUUUCGAUGGGGGUGUGUUACGAAGAGGAAUUAAGUUCUUAAUCGAACCAGAGGAGAAAUAUUAUGUAGUAAAGAACAAACCUGCCACUAUUACAUGUAAAGCAUUAGGGGCAGUGCAUAUAUCUUUCAAGUGUGCUAACACAUGGAUUAAGCAACACAAAUUCACGACGACUAUGUCAGUGGAUCAAGUGACGCAAAAGAAAAUUAUUGAGACGAGUAUUACCGUAACUAAAGAGGAUGUUGAGGAAUAUUUCGGCUCGGACGGAUACUGGUGCCAAUGUUUCGCCUCCGAUCAGCCACCUGAGAUACAAGGAGGAAUUAUUGUCGAAAGUGAAAAGAGGGGACUCGUAGAGUUGGCAUACCUGAAACGCCAGUUUGACUGGCAGCCUUACAAGACCCGCGUGGAACUGAACCAACAGACAGUGUUACGAUGCCUGCCACCAGAAGGGAAACCACUCCCAGAGGUAUUCUGGCUCAAGGAUGGCAAUCAGAUAGACGUCCAGAACAACCACAACUUCAUCAUCAGCAGCGAGGGUAAUCUCAUCAUCACGUCGGCGCGCCUGGAGGACACUGGCAUCUACACCUGUGGCGCUCAAAACAUGGUCGCACGCCGUCUCAGCAAUCCUACGCCAUUUGUGGUUUAUGUGAAUGGAGGCUGGUCGACAUGGAGCCAGUGGACCAAGUGCUCAGCAGUGUGCGGUCGUGGCACCCAGCGCAGACAGCGCACAUGCACAAACCCCGCGCCCCAGGGUGACGGGGAUGAAUGCCCAGGCGAGGCAGUCCAGAAUGAAGCAUGCAACAUCAUCUGUCCAGUGGAUGGACUCUGGAACCAAUGGUCGUCAUGGUCAACGUGCAACACUGACUGCGUACACCACCGUCGCCGACAAUGCGAAGCACCUCCGCCAACAAAUGGGGGCAUGUAUUGCAACGGCAACGACCUGGAUACACAAAACUGCACCAAUGGAAUGUGUCGAGAUAUGUUUGGCAAUGUGAUUGUCAAGUCCAACCAAGGGGUUACCCCCUCUGUCAAUGGCAACCAAGGGGUUACCAAAACUCCCUUUGGCGAUCAAAUAGGCUCGAGUGACAAAAGGAAUGGGCAAGGGGGUCUGUCUGGUUUGGAACCGGCGCGGCAAGAACCAUCAAAUUCAGAGACUAACGAUAAUAUCACGAUGUACAUAGGGUUGUGUGUAGCCUUUGCAGUGUUCCUGAUCGUGAUUGUUGUCGUCAUUGUCAUCGUGCGGCGUCGGAGCAACCAGCAGCGCCGAAACCACGAUCAUGAUCUUCUGCCGAAUGGGGGGGUCCAUGCACAUCUACAUCCGCAUAAUGACAAAAAAAUGAAAAAUGAGACCCUUCUGUCUGCGUACCAGCCCGACCUCACACAGGUCACGGUGCCCCCGCCCCACCCCAUGAGUCACCCCAACAACAACCACAUGGAGCGGGUAAACUCAUUCAACAAACUCCCGCCAACGUACGCCGAGAUCAAAGAGCAUCGACUCAGUUCGCCCAUGGGCAAUGGAUUGCUGAUAGAGCCAUCCCCGAACAACAUGCUUACCCACAAUUCCUCCAUGGACCAGAUCGCCAAGAAAAACGAGCGAAACAACAUGGUGAUCGUAAAUCCGAUUGGGUCUGGUGGUUCCCCGCGCGGUAGCGAUCACGAGAACCUGCGGGACAGUCGGGACUCGAUGAUGUCAGUCGAGUUGCCGAGUACUAUCGAUACCGAUGCGGUGACUUGGAGCACAUUUGAUUAUCGCGGUGGGAGAUUGACACUUUCGGAAUCUGGAGUGACGCUUUUGAUACCAGAGGGCGCGAUUCCCCGCGGUAAAACGGAAGAAAUUUACAUGGCCGUGUGCAGAGAUGAUAAAGACAGACCCCGGUUAACAGAUAAGCAGACUAUACUGAGCCCCAUAGUGGUGUGUGGCCCCACAGGCAUGAUGCUGAACAAGCCAGUGGUGUUGUCACUGCAGCACUGCGCCAGCAUGCGUCAGGGGGGCUGGCAACUGUCCGUGUGCUCCAGUAACACGCCCCUUGAGAUGGCCCCUCAGUGGCAGUUGGCCGUGACCCUUGGUCAGGAGACGAUCAACACACAAAUCUACACACAGAUUGACGCGACGCACUGUCACUUGAUGACCGAACAGUUACAGCGUUAUACCCUUAUAGGCGAGCCCGUCUCUCAAGGGAGGGCGGUGAAAAUCCUACGUCUCGCUGCGUUUGCGCCUUCCCUACCUCCGUCGAUGGACUUCAGUAUACGAGUCUAUGUAGUGGAGGAUACGCCAGACGCAUUAGAAGGUGUGAUGCAGGUGGAGCGCAGGCUAGGCGGGCGACUGCUGGACCACCCGAAGCAGAUCCCGUUCCAAGAUGGCGGCCACAAUCUGUGCCUCACCAUCGAGGAUCUGAACAAUGGCUGGCGCAGCAAGCUGGCGGCUAACUACCAGGAGAUUCCAUUCCGGCACAUCUGGAGCGGGAACCAGAACAACCUGCACUGCUCGUUUAGCCUGGAGAUGGUGGAGUGUGUGCAGGAGGCGAUACGCUGCAAGAUACAGGUCUACCAGAAGGCCAUACUCAGUAACAGACAAGUGCUCAAAAUCAACACCAACUUCAAAGAGCCCCCAAUAUGCUCGAGUCCCCUAGGUAACACGUUGAAGGGUCGAGCCUCAACCGUUACCUCGGCGACUAACUCGAGUUCCGGUGUGAGUUCCGUGGUUGCAGUGGACAGCUCUCAGCCCUCCCGACUGCCCUCUCAUAUACGCCAACAGGUCUGCGCGCUUCUUGACACGCCGUGCGCACGUGGCAACGACUGGAGAAUGCUGGCACAGGCUCUCACUGUUGAUAGGUACAUCAACUACUUUGCCACAAAGCCCAGCCCCACGGAGCACAUCCUUGACCUCUGGGAGGCGAUACAUCGUGAGGACACUGCCGUCACCGACCUCAUGAACAUCCUCCGCUUCAUGGGACGCAUGGACGCAGCAGCUGUUCUUGAGAAAGACAUCGGCUCCUGGCUUUGAAGGUUCCAGCUUUGAGACUGUGUAUAUGCCAUGUUGCACUUCAGCGAAGUUGUUUUUGGCUGGUUGUUACGCUUCUAGUGACCUGUCAGUCACUUUAAUCUGCGACAUCUUUCGUCUCGUGCAUAUGACCUCGGCAAGGGAAUCAGUCCAGUUUAUCUCAUCUCCCAGUGAUUUCUGGAUAAAAUGUAAACUCUAAGGAUCAUUGGAUUGGAUUAGAAUACCCCGCAAAAGAACAAUAUGACAUCGUGUCCUUUCAAAGAACAAUUGGACACCAUAGAGGAAUAUGGACGAUGGUCAUAGUCUGUCUAUAGAAUAUGGAAUAUGGUAUCCUCAAGGAGAUUGUGGGAUAUCACUUGUUCGUAAAGUCCACUUCCAGGCCUCAGAUGCCCGUACAUAAAGUAUCCCGUCGAAAUAUGCAGUGAGUUUGUGACAUCUAUUCCGCUUAGCUUUAGUGGCUACAGGGAACGGUUUACAUUAUCUGUGAGUGAAGAACUUUAUUCUGUGAGGAAUAGUUAACAUUAUCUUAGAAUAAAGAGCUUUAUUCAGUGAGGAACAAUUCACAUUAUCUGAGAAUGAAGAGCUUUAUACUGUGAGGAACAAUUCACAUUAUCUGAGAAUGAAGAACUUUGUCCAACGCAGGAAAAGGGUGAAUGUGUGUCAGAAAUUGAGACUGACUUACCAGACUUAUUCUGUGAUGGCCGCAAUAUUACAUCACUUCCUGCGCAAGGAGUCAAGUGCAAGUGCAUUGGUGACAGGCCUUGUUGCCGUGGAAACUGAAAUAGAAGGGCUGGUCAAUAGACAAGAGGUAAAGUGUGAUUCUGAUAAGGAAAUCUUACUGAAUGGUUGAAAGUGGAGAAAAUUUCUUCAGGCUGGAAUUAUCAGCUAGAAUGUUGAAGUGGGAAAAUAAAGAUCGAAAAAUGGGUCAGAACGCUGAGUGAAAUGUUUUAUUAAAGAGAAACUACCUGUAUGUCUUUGAUAGCUGGAGCUACAUGCUAUUAAGAACAGAGUGACGAACUGUAAAAGGGAUAUAGAUCUGACAUUGCUGUUAGGCAUUUCGUACAGAAUGAGAAAUUUAGAAAUUAUGCUUCGGCAUUGGGCAAGCAAUGCGAGCAGACAUUCUUUGACUGUGAUCUGAUAUAUAUUGUGUAAAAGGUGUACAAAACAAUAUUGACUAAGUUCUUUCCGAGGGGAUGUCAUAUGAUGAUGUCAUAAAAUGAUAUCACUAUUGCAAGAAUUAUGAUUAUGAUUAACAACAAUUAUUGAUGCCAUUGUAAUUGUGUUUUGUGCUAGUUCUAAUUUUGCCUGCUAUUAGAUAGAAAGAAAUAUUACAAAGAAAGGAGAAAUAUUCUAUAGCAAGAAUAUAUGCAUACCCAGAAUGGUAUUGGCUUUACCCGUGAUUUGAUGUCCAAGCACUGCUAUCAUAAUUUUAUUAUUUGUUCAUAAAGCUUAAAUUUGGACAGACAUUGUUAUACUUUUUCUCAUUGAAUAUCAAGCCCAGUGUAAUCUGAAACAAUAAAAAACAAAACAACCUAAUACUCAAUUCUUCGUUUACGAUGGGGAAAAAAUAGUAUUAUAGUGAAGUUAAAUUUUAUUUUCUAAGUUUAAAAAAGCAUCACACAUGAGAAAUUAUGCCUUCAUGGUUCUGUCAUUAGAUUUGGCAGCUGGAUUUUGCUACAAAUGUAUUCAUAUAAAGAGAGAAGGGUGACAUUGUUGCAUCUUCUAAAGCAAAAGGAUUGUUUCACAUGCAAUCCAUAAUGUCCAAUAAUCAUUAUGAAAGAGAGCAAAAUCUUCAUCUGUCUCAGGUAUUGUAAUGAUGCAAGCAGGAGGGAAUAUUAUCCACAAAUAUUCAGUUGCUAUGCAAAGAAAUUACUCUGAUAAUUGACGUGUAAUAUAAAAUACGCAAAAUUAAUUUUUGUUCAUGCUUCUGAUGCUUUUUGUAUGUGCUGUGCUAAUUUUUCAAUAAAUUUUGUUCAUAAAUAUUUACUAUCGUUUAAGUAAGAAAUGUGUGCCCUGUUAUAUUAGAUGGAACAUUUUAUGCAAGUCUAAAAAUGUGAGUUUAAAUAACAAUGUCAGACAAUGUGUUCAGCAACAUUAAGAAAACUGCUUUUGCCUAUUGCUUUAAAUACAUGUUUUGUUAAUGAUGUAUUUAAUGAUAGAUUGUUUAUUUAAUUGUUGACUGUAAAUAUGUAUACAUUGCAAACUCUUAUCUGUCCUGUUCUGUCUUGAAUAUAGUUAAAAUAUUUUUACUGUCUAAGGGAGGUAACACAGAUUAUGUUAUAUACAAAAAGAGCAGUUGUUUCCCUUCAAUUAUUGCCAGUUGCUAUUAAAGACAUUCAAAUUUUAGUUGUGGAAUGUUCUAGUCAAUACUGUAGGAUGCAGUGCUGUAAUGUUGGUUGUUCAUCUGCCUACUGUAAUUAUAUUAUGAAAGAUAUACAAAUUAGUUGCUAAAUAACAGAAAAUUCACAAAUAAAUAAUAUUAUUAGUUACCCCCAUGUUUGACCCCACUUUUUUCAAUUAUAUUUUAUUCUUCUCUCUUUAUCCCACUUAAUUUAGUGUCCGUAAAAGUUAAAUUAAUGUCAUCCACAAAUAAAAAACUCUUUAACGAUUUUCUAAGUUAUUGAAACAAAACAUAAAUGCUGAAUAUUGCAAUAUUGCUAAUAGUUAUGUUUGAUAAAGUUAGUUAGUUUCUUUUACUGAUAAAGGCCUACUACAACUAUCACCACAUGUAUUCAGGGGAGAAAAAAAUCAAGAAGAUAUUGUUAUCUAUGCAUAUUUGAAUCUGAGUUUAUGUAUCCAGAUGUUUUGGAGACCAAAGAUGUGCCCGUUUUCCAAAUAUAUUUUUUUCGUUAGUUGUUCUUUCAAGCAUAAAUGGCUCUGUUCAGUUGAUAUUUUAUAUUAUAGGGCUAGCAUUUAAGUGUUAAAUGCAUCCCUGUUAACUGUUUAGUUAAAAUGUUUUGAUUUAAAUUAUCAUCUUUCUUGCUGGUUUCUGGCCAUGAUUGAUGUAUCUUGUAUCUCACAAUGAACAAACAGAUGUAAUGCAUAUAACUUUUAUAUUUAAAUAUUGAGUUUUUGUUCAUAAUAUUGUGUAUUAUUGACAUUUUAUUAUUAACUUAUGUUUUGUAAAUAAUGCCAAACUACAAAAUAAAUGCAAAAUCAAGCAAUAA